GCCAGAUAAUGAGCAAAAUUUUACAGAGAUAAGCUUUCAACUUGAGUCCACAUCAUAGCAUAUAGCCCACCACAAAUAACUGCCUAAGCUAAGAUGCCAGGUGGGUAUAGCCUUCCUGCCUCUAUAAAUUAAGCAGCCCAUUUCCAUACAAUUCAAAACACAUUGGUGAGAGUGCUUAUUCUAAUCAUGGAUUUUAGAUGCCUUGGGAUGCUACUGUUGUUUUUUCUCACAGAGACCAUGGCCAGUGUUGGGCAUUAUUCCAAAAGUUUACAAGAUGAGUUUUAUGUCACAUGGGCUCCAGAUCAUGUGCACUUUCUCAGAGGGGGCCAAGAGCUGCAACUUAAACUUGAUAAAAGCUCUGGUUCAGGCUUUGCCUCCAAGAAGAAGUAUAUGUUUGGGAACAUUAACAUGCAGAUCAAGCUGGUUUCAGGAGACUCAGCAGGCACUGUGACUGCUUACUAUUUGUCUUCAGAAGGGUCCAACCAUGAUGAAUUGGACUUUGAGUUUCUGGGGAAUAAAUCAGGAGAGCCUUAUGUCCUCCAGACAAAUGUGUAUGCAAGUGGUAAAGGUGACAGAGAGCAAAGAAUUUACCUCUGGUUUGAUCCCACCAAAGACUUUCAUUCCUAUGGUGUUCUAUGGACUCCUCAGCAUAUCUUGUUCAUGGUGGAUGGUGUGCCCAUCAGAGUGUUCAAGAAUAACAAGGCAAUGGGUGUUCCAUAUCCAGAUAGUCAAGCCAUGGGAGUAUAUUCAAGCUUAUGGAAUGGGGAUAGCUGGGCAACUCAAGGGGGUCUUGUGAAGAUAAAUUGGUUUCAUGCUCCAUUCAUUGCAGCCUACAGCAAUUUCCAAGCACAUAAUUUGUUGAAUGGGAGAUAUGAUAAAGAUGUGAUAAGUCUUUCUGAUAGAAACAAAUUGCUGUGGGUGAAGAAACACUUCAUGAUUUAUGACUAUUGCAGAGACAGACAAAGAUAUCCAGUCUCUCCACGCGAAUGCAGCAAUAACCUGUGAAUUCUCUAGCUCUUGUACAUAAUGACUCUCUAAUCAUGCUCUAUAUAAAGCCAAUAAGUAAAGUUUUAUUUCCAAUU